CACUUUUUAACUCGCCAUUUUGCGAGAAUGUCAGCCAAAUCAUCAUCUCGAGUUUUUAUAUAAAAAUUUAUGUUAUUUUACGUGAAAUUACUGUGAUUUAGUUUUUUUAUAAUUACACACAACAACAGUGCAGUGAAAUGGAUCGAUUUAUAAGUAUGUGGAAGGUCCGGGAGUUGGCGGAUAAGGUGACCAAUGUGGUGAUGAACUACACAGAGGUGGAGGGCAAGGUGCGCGAGGCGACGUCUGACGAGGCGUGGGGGCCCACGGGGCAGCAGAUGCAGGAGCUGGCGCUGGCCACCUUCACCUACGAGCACUUCCCCGAGGUCAUGUCCAUGCUGUGGCGGCGCAUGCUGCACGACAACCGCGCGCACUGGAGGCGGACGUACAAGUGUCUGCUACUGCUAAGCUACCUUGUCCGCAACGGGUCGGAGCGCGUGGUGACGUCAGCGCGAGAACAUAUCUACGACUUGCGGUCCUUAGAGAACUACACCUUUGUCGACGACCUGGGCAAGGACCAGGGUAUAAACGUGAGGCACAAAGUUCGCGAGCUGAUCGACUUCAUACAGGACGAUGAGAGGCUCAGAGAAGAGAGGAAGAAGGCGAAGAAGAACAAAGACAAAUAUAUCGGGAUGUCGUCAGAAGCCGUAGUGAUGGGUACUCGUGGCGGAAUGGGGGGGAUGGCGGGCAUGGGAAGGGGAGGGGGUGCUGACGGGUGGGGGGAGUACAGUGACAGAAGUACCGGUUGGGAUGAUAGCAAAGAGAGAAACGAGGAGGAAGAUUAUGAGAGAGGAGAGGACUCCGAUGGUGACUACGGACACCGGAAACCACAAAAAGAAAACGUAUACCGCGAUGCAGAAGUGAUAGCAGAGAGUCCGCCUCGCAGUGAGAGGCCGCGGCUAGACAGAGACGGAAAGACUUUGAACAUCAGCCUUCGCAGUCCCGCGCGGAACAAGCCAGCCACGCCCAUCAAGAAGAUAGACUUGGGUGCCGCAGCGUCAUACGGCAAAGUAACCCCCUCCACCCCUGCGUCUACCCCCGUCGCCGCACCCCCUACCAACAAGUCCCAGGAGCUACUGGACGACCUGUUCAAGACGUGCCCUGCGCCCAGCCCCACGCCCAGCGCUGGGAACACCAACACCGGCGGAACCAUUGGUGGCGGCACAUUGCUGGAAGAUGACUUUGAUCCCAGAGCCGGCGAACCGAAGCCCGUAGCGAAUCCCGAGCCGGAAUUCGGGGACUUCACUAACGCGUUUGGAGCACCCCAGGAGGCGCCUGUGGACAGCUUCGCGGAUUUCAGUGCUUUUGAUAACAACAACGCUCCUACUGCGUCACUAGCAGCCGCCCCGACAUCGAACCUGGACCUUUUGAGCGAGCUGAGUCCCCCGCCCACCUCACCACCGAGCUCUAUGGGAUUCGACCUUGACUCCCUUUCUGGGCAAUUCACCGCUACCAACCUAGCGCCUACCUUACAACCUACGGGAGAUGUCGUGCAACAGCCGCGUACACACAAACAAACAACUGAAGAACACCUCAAGCUAAAUAUACGGAACUUUAUAGACAUGCUAAGCGCUAUCGAUCGAAUCAAAUCCGAAAAUGACGUGCUGAAUGUCUUGAGUUGCUUCGAUAAUAUCAAAAAAUACCUCCCCGGCCCUUUGACAGUCCAAAAAGCUCUCAAAAACGACCCAAAAAUAUUCGAAACAGAAAUAAUUGAUUUAUAUUCGGAGUUAUUAGGGUCCGUUGUCAGAGUUUUGCUACCACAUUGGCCCUCUUUCAAAGAUGAAGUGACAUACUUAUUUACGGUUGAAGAAGGAUUCGAUAUAAGUAAUGAAAUAUUGACGAAUUUGUGCGGAUUUUUGAAGCCAGAACUUAAUAAUGUUGUUCUGGACGCAUUAGCAUAUAUUACAAUUAAAUAUGCCAAAAGCGAUGCGAUUCUUGCGUCCAUACUUGAUUGCAGUACCAACAUAUGUGACGAAAACAAAAAAAUUGAAAUUCAAUCUGAAUGGGAGAGUUAUAUUCAAAUACUGGCAACUUUACCGGAGAGGAUAGCAAAUAGAUUAAAAACGAAAACUCCAAAAGAAUUUUCAUACGAAAACUAUUCUUUCAUUCUAAUUUUCCACAUAGUAAGAUGUAUAGACUUCAUGUCCGAAAGUAGUUUUAGUCAAGGAACACAAUUUGACCUGACAUACUUAUCACUUUUAGUGUCAAAGUUCAUUACAAAUUAUAGCUUGAGCGAUUCAAAAGCCAUUUAUAAGUUGGUAGACAUCUUAAUUGCUUGGACUGAUAACAACAAUGCAGAUGCUUGCAAAUUUGUCAGACGAAAGUUAAUUCAAACGUUGUUGAAUCGAUUAAAUCGUCAGGCAAUCGAUAAGAUAUCGCUCGUUUUACUCAAAAGAAGCCCGAUAAAUUAUAGAAAUCGGGAUCAAUGCAUUCGAUAUUUACUCGGAAACAAUAUCGAAUCAAACAAAGAUUGGCACGAAAUACUGACAUUCAGAAUUCCGUUUUACGUACACCCAAAAAAUUUCAGAGAUACAACGAUACCGGAGAAUUUGAUCUAUUACGUAUCGACCUGUAAAAAUUCGCUCGAGAUCUUGACAGAAUUAGUUUUGAGGUUAACCAAAACUUGGUCAGAUGUCCAUUUGAAUAACGUAGCUAAUAUAGAUCAUCAUAUGCAUACGUCUAUUUUACUUGUACUCGCGGUUAAAUAUCGUGUAGUUAUUUGGAGACAGCGAAAGAGUGCUUGGGAUUUGAAUGAAAUAAAAAAAAUGUUGUUCAAAGGCAUGUCGAAACAUUUAGAUGUUAUAUCUCAAGAGUUUAGAGCCGUGGGAAUGGCUACGGUACAAAUCCUACUUAAAAUGCUUUUGGAAGUUGAUGAAGCAGAUAAAAAGGCGGUAGAAUGUUUAAACUUUAAUUUCGAUGAGCUAGGCCCAUCAUGUAUGGAGAUAUAUGAAACUUUGGAAAAUGUCACUCAAACAUGUCUUAUAGACGAUAGGUUGAAAAAGCCGAAUGUAAAUGUAAGGAUAAUAAACGUCAAAGAAAUUUUGGAUGAAAUCGCUGACAAAAUAUCAGGGAGUAUAGAAAAACCCGUCCAAAAUACAAUAGUAACUUGUGCAGUCAAAGGUCCGGAGCAGACUAAAGAAAUAGUCAAAACUAUUAUCUCAGCCAAACUAGAUGCUUUGGAAAAAAGACAAAUCGUAGAGGAGUUAGACUCAGAUGACGAUUUACAACCGUAUGAUAUGAGCAAUGAUUUGCCACUCACGGCUAAAAAGAAACCUAAUUAUUUGAGAGAUCUAUUAGAAAUUAUAAAUGAAGGUAAAGAUCAGGAAUCAUUCGAAACUGCUCUCGCAACUGCAGAGGAAUUAGUGAAUAAACAACUUAAGAACGAGGAUAAGAAACUGGCUGUCGAACUUCUAGACGUUUUCGUCCAUUUAGACGAAAAAUUCCAUGUGGAUAAAUUCUAUAAGAUUAAAUUGAAUACGGCCGUUGCAAUAGUGUGUAGCCAACCGGCGGUAUGUGCGGAACACCUAUGCAAAGAAAUACAUGCUGACAUCGGAAGAUAUUCCAUCGCUACUAAAAUAUUUAUGCUUGACGUUUUCACGGAGGCCGUCGAGACAAUCGCUGAUAUGAAAAAGAAAGAAGAAACAGAACCAGCGGAAACGACAAAUGAAACUAAAGAAGCAACUAACGAAGAACUGUUAAGGCGACGAUUGUUGAAAAAGACCAAAUAUUUCCAUUCAAAGCAACGUCAUCCGUUUUCCAAAGCCAAGAAAAAUAAAUUCGCCGCAGUUUCCGACCACUUUUUCUAUCCUUUAAUAAGUGGUUUCGGAUACCGACAGCUGACUUUAAGCCAUCACAAUAUGAAACAAGAUAUAGAUAAUUUGUUGCUGUUAAGAUAUUUAGCUGCGGUCGGCACAGUUAUCAUGGCGUCGAAGAAUUGCCCAAAAAGCCACGUGUACUGUCGAGAAAUCAUCCAAAUGGUGUUAUACUUACGCUUUUCCCCAGAUCCGAAAAUCCAGAUGUGUGUGAUAUCGAUUAUUGCAUCGAUAGUUUUGGUUUUGCCGGAAUCGAUGUUGAAAGGCGAGUUCUAUGAUAAUGUUAUGGAGCUGUCGUCGUGGCUGGUCGAUUUGUUGACGAAUGUCGAUUUGACUAAUCGAUUGGGCGGAGCUAAAUCCGAAGCGGCGAUUUUUGCCGGCGAAGUUUUACAUUUGAUUGAAAAUUCUUUGAAAGAUUAAAAUAGUUUUAUGAAUACUUAUUUUAGUUAGAAUAAUAAGUUUUUAGAGUAAGCGUGCUGAGUAACUUUACUAAUGGCAGGAUAAACGACCAUUUGUGGUAGGUUAGACAAUACCAAAAUAUUAUAGUCUUUUUUUGUCAAAUAGCAGCAUUGCUAAUGGACUAAGAGCCAGUGCGUGCCAGACCUUCGUUAUUUUAUAAAAGCUGAAAGAUUCUCUGAGUAUUGUUCUCAACACAGGGAGGAACGAUAUGG